GGAAAUCAGCAAGCGCGCGCCGCGUGUUUAAGGCAGCAGGAGUGCCACACAGUUGAAUCUGAGCAUCGCUCGGACGAGCAUAUAUCACAGCGCAGCCCGGCGCGGCUCGCCAAGGGCUCAAAUUCAAAGCAAGCUCAAAACUGAAAAUGCCCUCGGACGAGCUCGUCGCGCGGCGCCAGGCCCUCGAGGAGAAGCGCCGCCGCAUCGAGGCCCUCAAGGCGCAGAAGGCCGAGCGCGCGCGCCAGGCCGCCACCUCCCAAAAGAGCGCCGCGUCCGCGGCCGCGAACCUGCGGUCGUACGUCGACGGCCUGCUCUCGCAGAAGUCCGAGGCGCCGGCGCCAGCAGCACCAGUUUCCACCCCAAAUGGCACGCAGCUGCCGCCGCCGCCGCCGCCGGCCGCGUCCCGCGCGUCGACGUCGCCUCGAUACGAAAGAAAAAUUGUGGACGUGCUCGCGGCCGCGACGCAGACCGAGACACAUGAAGAUGUUGACGAGGCCGCCGCGGCCCAGGCACGACUGGAGAAGGAAAAUUCGGAACGGGCGCUGAAAAACCGGAGCAAUUCAUCUUCAGACAGCGCGCGCAAGGCAACGGCGGACAUUCGCAAAGUCGAGAAAAGACCCGUGGACCUCUCGUCGCUAUCAUCACGAGCAAGGCUCGUCGAGAAGUGCCUGGGCGAGCGCGACGUCUUCGACGCUCUUUUCGCGCCGGUGAGCGUCGAGACCGAUGUGAGCGCCGGUGCCAACUUCCCUUCAUCUGGACGGACGACCUUUACGAUGCCCUUCGAGGCGGCGUGCACGGGCGUCUCUGUGAUAAGAGAGCGGCCCGAGGCCUUUGUCGCUUCGUAUGCAUCCUCUACAUCUGAGUUUGACGGCGACGUCGGAGAAGAGGGGUGUGUGUGCGUCUGGUCCCUCGCCUCCACGAAAGCGCCCGAUUCUCAAUUCAGAUGCGAGGCCGGCGUCACCUCCAUCGCCUGCGACCCACGGCACCCUUCUCUGGUGUUAGGUGGCGCGGCGUCGGGGCAACUCCUGCUGUUUGAUGGUAGGACGCAGAACUGCGUCGCCAGAUCACCCUUGGACCGGCACGCGCCUCAUGCAUCAUCGAUCUGCGCUUUAUCUGUGCGAGACGACGGUACUGUAUUGACGGGGUCGAGCGACGGCGUUUGUUGUCUGUGGGCGCCGGGAAACUUGGAAAGGCCCCUCGAGAAGCGGCAGCUCGGGAUCGCGGUGUCCUGCGCCGACUUCGCCGACGAUAGUACGGCGUACGUCGGCUGCGAAGCCGGUUCCGUAUCAAUGGCGACGUUCGGCGGCAGCGAACCGUGCGCCGCAUUGGGCACGCACCGCGGCCGCGUCACGUGUCUCGCGGCGCACCCGGCGUCGCGGAAAGGUGCGGCUGCUUCCAGCGACACGCUCGGAUUAAGGAGGCAUCUGCUCGCGUCGGCGUCGGUCGACUGGACUUGUAGAUUGCGAGUUGGCAGUACACCGCUGGGCGCGCCCCUGGACCACGGCGCGCACGGCUACGUGGCAUCAAUAGCGUGGUCGCCGUCCAGAGCCGCGUUACUGUGCACGGCGGCGUCCGACGGGUGCGUGCGGCUCUGGACGGCCGCGUCGGGACAAAUCGUCGGCGCCGCGGAGCAGCUGUCGGCGGGCGCGUUGACAUCCGUCGCUUUUUCCGGAGACGGCCGCCGCGUCGUUGUCGGCGACGCGCUCGGUUGUUGUACGGUGGCGGCGCUCGAAGCGAGUGUUUGUGGCGAACACCCCGCCGAGGCGGCGCGGCUCGACGAGCUCCUCGGGGGCCUCGCGCCGACGUAGAGCCCCGAAGGACUAACAAUACAAGAAUUUAGUAGUCGGCGCCCCCCGUCACACGGAC